GAACAACAGAGCUCAGGAUGUAAAAACGGAAGAGCUGAGCACAGAGCCACUGUUCCUGGACCGAGAUGGAGCCAAGCACUGUGGGUCCCACAGUCAGAGACUACGCAGAUUAUUACUGGUCUGAAGAUUCCCCCGUGGACGGGGCCAGGGAAUAUUCAGCUUCGGAGAUCAUCUCCUUCGUGGUCUUUUCCGUGGUCUUCCUGGUGGGCGUGCCAGGCAAUGCAAUGGUGGUCUGGGUGACCGGGAUCGAGGCCCGCAAGAUGGUCAACGGCGUCUGGUUCCUGAACCUGGCCGUGGCCGACCUGCUCUGCUGCCUGGUGCUCCCGCUCUUGGCCGUGCCCAUCAUCAGGCACGACGACUGGCCCUUCACCGAAGCCGCGUGCCGCUUCCUGCCUUCCGUCAUCCUGCUCAACAUGUACGCCAGCGUCCUGCUGCUCACGGCCAUCAGCAUCGACCGCUGCAUGCUGGUCAUGAAGCCCAUCUGGUGCCAGAACCACCGCAGCGUGCUCAUCGCCGCGGCGGCCUGCUUCUUGGCCUGGACACUGGCCCUGGUGCUGACCAUCCCUUCCCUGAUAUACCGCCUGCUGAAGGAGGAGCCCUUCCCUCCCAGCUGGCAUUGUGUGGUGCAUUACGAGUCGAAAACAGUCGAGUUAAGCGUGGCCGUCUCUCGCUUUCUGCUUAGCUUCCUGGGUCCUCUCAUCAUCAUCUCCUUGUGCUACUACCUCCUGCUGAAUCGUCUGUGGAGCCGCCAGGCCACCCGCUCCCUCAAGACCGUCAAGGUGGUUCUGGCUGUGGUGGCCGGCUUCUUCAUCUGCUGGACCCCCUAUCAGAUUGUGGGCCUCCUGGAGGCCGCGAGCGAUCCACGCUCCGUCGUCUACUCCUGGGCAAAGAGGAUAGACAGCUUAACCAUUGCGCUGACUUAUGUUAACAGCUGCAUCAACCCCAUCAUCUACGUGGUUGCUGGCCACGGCGUAAAGGACCGCAUGACAAGCUACUUCAUUUGCACCAGCCUCCGGAGAGCGCUGAUAGAGGAUUCUGUUGGGCGAGACAGCAAAUCCUUUAGCCGCUCCACGAUGGCAUCGACCGUGGUCCCUGAGGAGCAGCUGUGAGGCUGAGGGAGCAGAGAUGCGUGAAGGGCCCUCUCUCAGGCUUAGCCUGUGGACAGCUCCCUCCCCUAGCCUCCAGCUAGAUUCGGAACUUCUCCAGGGCAGAAACUGUUUUUGUCUUUCUUUGGACCAUCAGUGCCUGACUCAGGGGAUUAAUAAAUUGGGCUCCCAUCUCUCCUCAGAGAAUCCUCCAUGGCCGCCUUGCCAGCCCCCAGCCCCUCUUGGAGGCCUUCUCUGAAUGUCCUCCACCGCCGGGGGAACCACUCUGAGCUUCUCUGCUGUCCUCUUGCCCUCAUUCUCCAGGAAAUCCUCCCAGAUUGCACCCCCCCCCCCCCCAGCUCUUGACUCUGCCACUUUGUUUCAAUAAAUCCUUUGGCUGGAAUUGAA